CGCCGUUCUCAUACCCUCACCACGUCCUUCGACUACCUCCAACUUUUACUCCGUCCACUUUUUCAUGUUCGCCGUCGUGUCGAUUUCGUAGUUCGAAGAGAGAGAGAGAGGGACCACGACGACGAGAGAAAUUGAAAGAAACGCGCGUGAAAAUCGGUGUUACCCGGCCUGUGGACGGACGAGUGUGUCGUCUCGAAGAUGAUCGCGAGUGUCCGGUGACGACGUGUACCCCGUUCGCCAGUACCUGCGGACUCAGGCUAACUUUGCCACCCGUGUAACGAAUUCGUUCGAGCGUUUCCCGCGUCUACGGACCGUUCUACCCUAGCCAGCUGCUCGCAUCUUCGACGAGGGAUCGACAUAGGAAUCGCCGACAUGUGGUUGAGACUCGCCGUUCUAGUAUCCUGCAUCGUCGCGACGACUCUGGCGGACGAUCAGCCUCGAAAAGCGGUGACCAUCGAAGAGUUCGUAACGUCGCACAAAGUGCCGGAAAGCGUCGCGCGGCCGUCGGACGACGACGACGACGACGUUGUCGAGGGUAUAAAGGAUGGGAAGCACCCUAAGAAGGUCGCGGCGAACUUUGAAACUUUCGAUAAGAAGUCGGCCAAUCUCGACCCGGUGAGACGGUUCGAUUUCGUCGACGAUGACAAAUCGGCCGGCACCGAGAAGCGGCAAGUUCGCGUAGAGCUGGAAAACUUUGCCGACACCGGGAUCCUGCAGGAGGAUGGAAUUCGACGGACCGACGCGCUCAGGUCGCGAACAGACGUUCCGAGGGAUUCGCUGAUUCCCGGAGUGCGCGUCAGUGAAGAGUAUCCUACAACGAUGAUACCGGUUCUAACUACACCGCGUGAAGCGCGAGGCUUCGACUUCGUUCCCGUGAACAUCAUUCGCAACGACGGCAAGGAGACAUCGUUCCGCGAUCGCAAUUUCGGUGAUUUCAGCGACGUGAGUUUAGUUCCCGCAGGCACGAGCUCGCGAAUUCAGGUGAAGAAGGGACCGAAUGGUAAAGACUACGAGUACGAGUACGUGUACUAUUACUACGACGAGGAGGACGAGAACAAGGCAGGCUCGGCAGACUCGGCCGUGACCAAUGCCUACGACGUCCCUUCUAGAAGCACGACCGCGCCUAGACGUGGUAGCUCUUCUACGAACCGGAAUAAAUACGCCAGUGUCGAGAGAUCGAGCACCGUCGAACCCGUCAGCAACGAGGUGAUCCCCAACAGAAAUGGAAAUACCAGAGGUCGGCAGCUGAUCGAAGAAGACGUCUCCGAGGAAAGGCUACCGACCAACACCAGAUUUCCACCUAGUAGAUCGAGAUCGAAUCACAACACGGGGACCACGGAACCGACGCGUACUCGCGGGAACCGCCCGAGACCCAGCCUGGACUUGGUCGACUCGAGCAGCUUCCGCACUCAUCAGGAAGGACCAGAGUUCCCUCAGGCUCUGCCGAAGGGACCGGUAAGAUUCCUCGGAGUGACGCCGAACGAGGACAGCGCGGAAGAGAAAGCGGCGAGCAGAGUUCGGGCGAGACCGCAGAAGGUGCAGGAACCCGCCCCUGUAGAAGAGAUCGUCGAAGACGUGCCCGCUCCCACGACCAGAAGACGUCCGAUUCAAGAAGCUGAACCGACCAGAGGUCAAUCGAGAAACAGCGAGGAAGAAGACGAGAAGGAGGAAACGACUUCGUCCAACGAGAAAAUUAAGGACAGAAUAAGUUCCGCGGAGAGUAGGCAAGAUUACGAGGAACCGAACUCGUCUUCGACGAGCACCGAGACUCCGACGACCGAGUAUCCGUCGUCGAUGGACAAGGUCGCCCUAGAUCUGUACGCGUUCGUCCAACAAGGUAGAAGCAACUUGGUAGACGCGUCCGAAGCCGCAGAUUCGUCGGCCGACGGAACUACGAUCUCCGACGAGGCUACCACCGAUCCGGCAGCUACCACAGAAUUGUCCGCGACUACCCUCGAACCGGCGACGACCACGACGGAGCCAACGACUACUACGGCCGCUCCGACGACUACCAGUACUACUACGACCACGACUACCACUACGGAGCCACCAACGACCACGACUCAGGCACCUGGAAGAGGAAAAUUCCGAAGACCAGGUAUCGGUGGCUCGGUACCCGGUUCCCGAAAUCGAUUCGGAAACAAAUCUAACGGGGCUAGCAGCACGACGACCGAGGCGCCGACGGAAACCAGCCAACGGACGCGAGGUCGUUUCGGAGGGAACGGUUCAAAUGGUAAUGGUUACAAAAGAGCUCGACCUGGGCAGAAGCCCGCAGUCGAGGAGGACACGAUACAGAAAGAGAGCUCGAGUUCCGUCCAAGCGGAACGACCGACUUCCGGAACGAGAAAUCGAUUCCGUGGCCCGGGAGGUACGAGAUCGGCCUCCACAACGACUUCUGCACCAACGAAUACCGGAUCGACCUCGUCUUCGAACGGGCCGUCUGGAAUAUCGAGACCGUCUUUUAACAAACUGAACAUCAACCGACGACGAGGAGGAGGAAGGCCUUCCACCGCGUCGCCAGGUGGUAGCGAGGAGAGUCAGGAAUCCACCAAGGAGGCAGCCAAAGAAACCGAAUCUACCGCGGCACCGAAAACGACUGCACGCUCGAGGCUACCCACGACCGGCGGCGUGAGGCCUCUGAUCAAACCCGGAACUCGACCAAAUCUUAGACCGAAACCGGGUCAAGCGACUACAACCACUUCUACGACACCGCUCCCGGCUGACAAUUCCGAGGAAUCCUCUAUCGAUGAGCCAGCCGGAGAAGGCACCGAGGAGGAAACUCACGAGGCACCCGCAGAGACUACGCCUCCAGCGAAAUCCACAACCGUGAAUCCUCUGAACAAGCUAAGAAAUCGAAAUAGGUUGCAAGUGCAUCCGAAAACGACGACCAGAGCACCUGCUACUCCUGCAUCGUCGCGAAGAUCGCCUCUGCUACCGCGACGCAAAGUGACCGAGGCACCCGUGGCUCAAACCAGUCAGGAAGAACCAUCGGAAGAGCCAGAGAAAGCAGAGAGCAGCGAGACAGAACCGACCGAGGCUGUUUCCGCGGAGACUAGCACGGCCGCGAGCACGAAACACGAGGAAACGCGAGGUCUCGGGGGACUCCUGGCACCUAGACGUAGGAUAGUACCUCGCCGACCUGGCCAGAUAGUCCCACGGGAAUAAACUAGACUCAAGAGAGUCUGGAGAACGAAAGGAGCCCUGCGUAUCUGUCGAAUUUCGCGAUUACGAAUGCGAACGAUCAUUGCCGUUUCGAAAGGAGGCACGGAGAACGAUUUCGGUUAACGCUUAAAUAUCCGUCAUAACGAUUAUGUUUCAUCGCAUACUUGCAAAACAAAUAGCCGGGCGUUUAAGCGGUAACGAGGGCCGUAGAGUUUUCGCAUCUUAUACGACUAAAAGGUAGAUGUAUUGUACAUAAUGAAAGCUGUACGCAUCUCUACAACGGAUAUGUAUUAUCUAAUCGCGAUGCCAUAGUCGAGAUCGCGUUAGCCCGUAACGGUGCGAUUGAAUUGGAACGACACGAUACUCGUUGAACGAUGGACGAUGUGAUUUUAGAACGCGUGGCGCGUUACAAAACAAUAUUUUUGUAAUUACUAUGUUCCACGAUAUGCUGUAAAUAUUCCAUUGCAAUUAAAGAUACGUAAACAUGA